AUGCCGCCGAAAAAGACGAUGACAGUGCCUGCAACUGUCGAGGAUUGGGAACAGGCAGUGCACCCCGAUGGGACCACCAUUGUUGACAUCAACGCCAGCAUUCACGACCAGUACAAGCUUCAAUCUGGCUCCGCGAUGGAAGAAGAAGACUUCCUACACCUCAAAGCUGUUUGGCAGAACGCAGAGUCGACCAACAAAUCGCAGGCACACAUUCACCUCAGGCUAGGCGCCUGGUUUAACAAAGCUAGCCAGGAUCUAGACAAUUAUCCGGAUUUCAACCGGUACCUUAGUGCAGUUCAGCGGAGAGAUGCGCCUAGCUCUCGUAUCGGUAUGUUCUGGGCUGCUUACGAGCAACAGUGUCAGGUCGCGAAAUCGCUUCACGCUACGAGCAAGGUGAAGAAAGCAUACGGUAUGAACGAAGAGCUUGUCAACAUGUCUCUUGUCAACUUCAUUCAGGCAGUAUGUGCCUGUCAUCCUGGUCUAGAUAUCAAUUGCAACCCCGCUAGGGUCCACUUGACCUUCGACUUCAGGCGGGUCAAGGACGAAAAGCAGGCCAAAGCAAUUGACUCGAGGGUUCAUAGCCUGUCGUGUGAAACCGAUGGACUGCUUGAGUCAACGGCUACUGGUCGGAUGUAUGCGAUUCUCGAAGCCAAAGCCAGACCCCGGAAAAAGCAUGAGCCGAAAGUAAGUUGGCAAGAGACAGCUCAGAUGGUGACCGCCGCCCUUAAUGAAAGGGGAACCCCUAAGCACCUCCAUCCCGGCCGUGUCAUCCUUUUCUCGCAGGAUGGCGACGAGCUAUACGUGUCCGAGGCGACUAUCAGGGCAGGAUAUAUCAAGCAUAUGAAGGACGAACGAAAGGCUCCCACCAGGGUGGACGAGUUUGUUAAGGUUCAGCAAUUUGGUCCAUAUUGGAUCCAGUUGAGGGAGGACAUGCAAUACUUCGCGAAGCUGGUCCUAGCCGUUGCUCUCCGAGCGAGCCAGGAGGAGGCCACUUCUGUUAGCGAGCACCGCCUCCGCCCGCGUGAGGCCUGUUGA